AUGGCAGCCCUCGCAAAAGAAAUCGUGCUUGUAACCGGAGCAAACAGCGGCAUUGGGUUCGAACUCGCUCGCCAACUCCUCGCGAAAGGCACCUACCACGUCCUCCUCAGCGUCCGCUCGACCCAGCGCGGCACCGACGCCCUCAAAGACCUUGAAUCUCGCAAUCUCCCAGGCAGCAUCGAGUUUCUGCCCCUCGACCUUCAAGACGAUGCAACGAUCGCACAAGCAGCCACCUACGUGACCACUACUCACGGCCACCUCGACAUACUCGUUAACAACGCAGCCACCGCCUCUUUCGCCUCCGCCGACCGCGCCGCGUUCAAAGACUCCUUCGACACUAACGCCACCGGCCCCUACCUGCUGUCCAAAGCUCUGAUCGACCUGCUGCAGAAAAGUCAAAACCCUCGCAUCAUCAACGUGUCCUCGGGCGCUGGUUCCAUCGGCCGCCGUCUCACUCCCGCCUCACCCAUGUACAAGAUCCAAGCCGAGCCGUACCGCACUAGCAAGGUAGCGAUGAACAUGUUGACGAUGUGUUUGCAUGUUGAGUAUGGGUUGAACUAUGGGGAUGAUGGGAAAGGCGUGAAGGUCUUUGCGCAUGAUCCGGGUUUUACGGUGAGUAAUCUCAGUGCGGCGAAUACUAAAGAGCAAGGAGCACGGGCUGCGGAAGAGAGUGUGAAGAGCUUGAUGGAUGUUGUGGAGGGGAAGAGGGAUGACAGGGUGGGCAGAUUCAUACAUAACUCCGGGGAGUACCCCUGGUGA